AUGUCAACAGAAAAGUCAACCCUUUACACAAACGCAACCAUAAUCUCCAUCAAUCCAGAACGGGAAAUCAUCCUCGAUGGAGCUAUCUUGGUAACCGGCUGCCGAAUUUCAGCCAUUGGAAAGACUGCUAUUCUUUCCAAGUCACCUCUUCCGCCAAAUACAGAAAACUUUUCUCUGGCGGGAAGAAUUAUUCUUCCGGGUUUAAUUAACACUCACUCUCACCUCGCCCAAUCACUCCUCCGUGGCUUAGCUGAAGACCUACCACUCCAUUCCUGGUUAUGUGACGCCGUAUGGCCACUCGAAGCAUCAUAUGAUGCAGAUGAUGGAUACAUAGCCGCGAGGUUGACCAUCGCUGAGAUGCUGAAGAGCGGAACAACAUGUUUCCUCGAAAGUAUGUUGACCCAUCGCUCUGGAUUCGAGAACGUCGUGCGAGCAGUAGGAGAAUCCGGCAUCCGCGCCUGUCUCGGCAAACUCGUAAAGUUCGAAGAAACAAACGCCCAGCUAAACAUCACCGAUCCCCGCGACAAAGAUCUAUCAUCCAUGUCCAUCGCCAGCAUGCUCGCCGCCCACUCCAAGCACAACAACAUAUUCAACUCCCGCCUGCAAGUCUGGGCCGCAGCCGGAACACCACGCGGCAGUCCCCUCUCCUCACACCUAGGCAUCGGCCUCGCCUGCAAAGCGCACAACAUCGGUCUGACCAUGCACUGCGCCGAAGCUCCCAAGGACUUAACCAUCUACAAAGACAGUUACAACCUGACCCCCAUGCAAUUCUGUGAGAAGGCGCAGUUGACAGGUCCGAAGACCGUGCUGGCGCAUAUGGUGCACCUUGAUCUCGCGACCGAUUUGCCCAUUCUAAGGGAGAGCGGAACCACGGUAGCGCAUAAUCCGAAUAGCAACCUUAAGCUCGCUUCUGGGAUCGCAAAAGUGCCUGAGAUGCUGGACGCGGGUGUGAAUGUAAGUCUGGGUACAGACGGUGCGCCUUGUGGGAAUACAUAUGACAUGUUUCGCGAGAUGCACUUGGCGGGGAUACUGCAUAAAGGCGCAAAUCUUGAUGCUGGGGUGGUGGGAGCCGAGACGGUGCUGGAGAUGGCUACGAUUAAUGGAGCCAGGGCGUUGGGGUUGGAGAACGAGAUUGGGAGUUUGGAGAUGGGGAAGAAGGCUGAUUUUUUGGUGGUAGAUCCAAGGAGCUUGCAUGCGGCGCCUUUUGAUGAGGGGCAGGUUGAAGGGGGUGGAGUGAGUCCGGUUACGACUGUGGUAUAUAGUUGUAGCGGGGCGGAUGUGGAGAUGGUGGUUGUUGAUGGGGAAGUGCUUGUGCAGGGAGGGAAGUUGGUGAAGAUGGACGAAAGAGACAUAUUGGAGGCUGCUAAAAAGUCAAUCAAGGGGAUAAGAGAACGAUCUGGAGUGAAAGCUGUGAAUAGGAAGGGAUGGAAUACAAAUGGCAGCUCCAUCUCUCUGCAGACAGUUUACCAGACACUCAUUGUCUCGUACGACUCCCAACACCCCACCAGCCUCAUCACUACAAUUCACCAAACUCACUUUCCCAUCAUGGCACCAACAAAAUACACAGACCGUACAAUCCCCAAAAUCAGCCUCCACGACUUCGACGCCCGCGUCGAAGAGAUCACCCAGCAAUUAAUCCACGCCGCCGAGACGGAUGGUUUCUUCGGGCUAAUAAACCAUGGCAUAUCUCUCGCAGAAAUAGAGCACAUGUUCUCUACCUCAGCCUCAUUCUUCGCGCUCCCAGACACCACGAAAGCCAGCGUGCCCUUCUCGCACCUCAACGCCGGCUGGGAGAAGAACGCACAGAUCAGACCUAGCACUGGACAACCAGACCAGAAGGAAAGCUACCAGAUGCAGUUCGGGGCCAAUAUGGGUUCGUCGUGGCUCCCCGAUGCCGCACUCCCAGGCUUCAAGUCCACGAGCCUGGACUUCAUGCACAAAGCGCAACACGUAUCAGAGAAACUCAUGCUCUGCUUCGCGCGCGGCCUAGGCUUCCCCGACGACUACUUCGUGCGCGCGCACGACAUAUCACGCGCUGAGUCCCAGACUGUGCUCCGCCUGCUGCACUACUUCGAGGUGGACCCGAGCGCGCCGGUUCCAGAGGGGUAUUACCGGGCGGGCGCACACGUGGACUGGGAUUUCAUCACGCUGCUGUUCCAGCGGCCGCAGCAGUCCGGGCUGGAGAUCUGUCCGGGACGCGAAGUGUCGACCAGCUUCGGCAUCGGCGACGUGUGGACGAAAGUCGAGCCCGCGGCGGGGGAAAUUGUGUGUAAUAUUGGGGAUCUGUUGAUGAGUUGGAGCGAUGAUCGGUUCAAGAGUACGUUUCAUCGAGUCAAGACGCCGUGCGAAAAGGGGGAUUGGUAUGGGGAGAGGUAUAGCAUGGCGUUUUUCAAUCAGCCUUGUGUUGAUGUCAACAUUCAGGGGCCACUGAAAAAGUAUGACGGGAUUACAGGCAGGGAGUUUACGCAGAGGGCGAUGGAUAGGAACUUCAAGGCGUUGACGGCGAAGAAACAGGCACUGGAGGAUGUUGUUGAUAGUGCUGCGGCUGCUGCCUCGUGA